CGCUCUACAUUUUCUGCUCAUUUCUUGAUGCUGGUGCUUCGCGUUGCUCUGUCACGCCUAAACCUAUUUUGUUACGGCCCUGCGUACCCAAACCAGGGUGAAUUCCACGAGAUUCACCAGCGGUUUUCUUCCUGUCCAAGAGGGCUGCCAAGGUUGGCGGCGCGGCGGGAGAAAUCCCUCCGGCAGGCCUGGCUCUCCCCCGCCCCCCGGGUUGGUUUUUCCCAGCGGCGGAGGCUGGGCCAGGGGCUGGGGUGCGAGGAGAGUCGGCGCCCGCAGCGCGGAGCCGAGAAGUCGCCGAGACUCUGGUGGGACUCGGUCGUCUCCGGAGGUGACGGGUGCGGAGGUGAGCGGUGGGGAGCAAGCGGCGAGGGCGAAAACCCGGAGGCGGCGCCGGCCCCUUCCCAUCCUUUGGAGGUCCCGGAGCGGAUCAAGCGCGAGGCGCCAACAAAAGAGGCAAGGAGGUGUCACCCGGGGGCCGCGGCAGGAAGAGGAGCGGGAGGAGGAGCGCGGAGCCGAGAGUCCCGACCCGCCGUGCGUACUUUCUGGAGGGAAGGGGCGGGGGAAUCGACCCCGGGAGGGGAACGCCCGGUGGCGAGGGGCUUAGCCAAGUUCCGGCUGCGGCGGCCCUCCUCCGCUCCCACGAGAGGAAAGUUUUCUCAGACGCUUCCGGCCGGCCCGAACCCUCCGGACCCAGUUCCCGAGCCUUCGGAGCGGGCGCCGUCCCAGCCCAGCUCCGGGGAAAGCCGUGCCGCGAUGCCUGGGGGGUGCUCCCGGGGCCCCGCCGCCGGGGACGGGCGGCUGCGGCUGGCGCGGCUGGCGCUGGUCCUCCUGGGCUGGGUCUCGUCCUCUCUCACCUCCUCGGCGCCCUCCACCUCCUCCGCGUCGUUCCUGGCCUCCGCGGUGUCCGCCCAGCCCCCGUUGCCAGGCCAAUGCCCCCAGCCCUGCGAGUGCUCCGAGGCUGCGCGCACUGUCAAAUGCGUUAACCGCAACCUGACCGAGGUGCCCGCGGACCUGCCUCACUACGUGCGCAACCUCUUCCUUACCGGCAAUCAGCUGGCGGUGCUCCCCGCCGGCGCCUUCGCCCGCCGGCCGCCGCUGGCCGAGCUGGCCGCUCUCAACCUCAGCGGCAGCAGCCUGGAGGCGGUGUGCGCUGACGCCUUCGAGCAUCUGCCCAGCCUGCGCCAGCUCGACCUCAGCCACAACCCGCUGGUCAACCUCAGCGCCUUCGCCUUCUCCGGUAGCAACGCCAGCUUCUCGGCCCCCAGCCCCCUGGUGGAACUGAUGCUGAACCACAUCGUGCCCCCUGACGACGAGCGGCAGAACCGGAGCUUCGAGGGUAUGGUGGCGGCUGCCCUACGAGCCGGCCAAGCGCUUCGCGGGCUCCGGCGCCUAGAACUGGCCAGCAACCACUUCCUGUACUUGCCUCGGGACGUACUAGCCCAACUACCCGGCCUCAGGCACCUGGAUCUGCGCAACAACUCUCUGGUGAGCCUAACCUACGUGUCCUUCGGCAACCUGACACACCUAGAAAGCCUCCACCUGGAGGACAAUGCCCUCAAGGUCCUUCACAAUGGCACCCUGGCAGAGUUGCAAAGCCUGCCCCACGUCAGGGUCUUCCUGGACAACAAUCCCUGGGUCUGCGACUGUCAGAUGGCAGACAUGGUGGCCUGGCUCAAGGAGACAGAGGUAGUGCAGGGCAAAGCUCGGCUCACCUGUGCAUUCCCGGAAAAAAUGAGGAAUCGGGCCCUCUUGGAACUCAACAGCUCCCACCUGGAAUGUGACCCUAUCCUCCCUCCAUCCCUGCAGACUUCUUAUGUCUUCCUAGGUAUUGUUUUAGCCCUGAUAGGCGCCAUUUUCCUACUGGUUUUGUAUUUGAACCGCAAGGGGAUAAAAAAGUGGAUGCAUAACAUCAGAGAUGCCUGCAGGGAUCACAUGGAAGGGUAUCACUACAGAUAUGAAAUCAACGCGGACCCCAGGUUAACCAACCUCAGUUCUAAUUCGGAUGUCUGAGAAACAUUCGAGGACAGAACAAGGACAGCUGUGCAUGAGAUGUAGACUUAAGCUUUAUUCUGUCCUAGGCUUGCUCCAGUUCCACCCUCCACUAUGGACACCACUCACCUUGACCGAAAGCAGUGAAGGGAACUUGCUCCCUUGUUAUGUGAAGUUUCUUGGUGUGUCUUGUUAAUGUAAGACAAUGAAAAACUGUGCAUAUUGUUUUAUUCUUUUCUUGGAACUCAACUCGUGUGGAGGGAUUUUUCAAGUUUCAGCAUGAACGUGGACUCCUGGCUGUCUGUUUCUCUUAGUACAGUUGGAGGUGUAGCCAGUGUGCCCACACAGAUAGCAUUCAACAGAAGCUGCCUCAACGUUUUCGAAAAAAAUUCUUUAUUCAUAAAUAUCAGUUUUAUUCUCAUGUACCUAAAUUGUGGAGAAAAUAAACGCAUUCCAUAAACUGCCUGCAGAUCUUAGCAAGCUCUUCAAAGUAACUCCAUAGUACACAGGAGCACCUGCAUCCGAGAGCAUGCUUACAUUUUACUGUUCUACCUAUUACAAAAAAAUAACUUGCAACUUCAGAUAACUUCUUUGACAAAGUAAAUUACUUUUUUGGUUGCAGUUUAUAUGAAACUAUCCUGAAGUUUUUUUAUAAACUGCAUUGAGAUCCAACAGACUGAAUUGUUAAGAAAAACUUCAAUAAAGAUUCUUAAAAGAAUUACAGUUGUGUUCAAGUUUGCUAUUUGAAAAAAA